AUGUCAAACGACGACGGCGGGCCGAAGUCGUACAAAGUGCGGCCUGCACGAGCGGACGAUAACAGCGCAGGCCGCUGCCAGAAUGUUCACGCCGGUAAAGGUGAUGACGCAGGCGAGGUUCCGCUACUCAGUCAAGCUUACUGUGCCGCCGAGAAAUCACUUCGUUGUCUUGUUGUAUUCAGCCCGGCCCCCCGGCGCCCUAUUCGAGGCACAAUGCCGGACGCCGCGAUUGGGCUCGGCCACGUAUGGAGGAAAGCCGGAUUCUUUUUUAAGACGGCUUUUGAGGAAUACGAGUAA